CUCCAGCGCGCCGCUGUUUCAUGGGGCGCCGGCGGCGGCCGAGGAAGCGUGACUGCGCUGCGCAGGACGCUAGGAGGCAUUGUCGCUGCAGAGGCCCCUUGUGAGCAGCAGCCCGGCCUGGUGGCUGGCAGCAGGACCCCUCGCCUGCAUGCUGAAGAAGAUGGGUGAGGCCGUGGCCAGAGUUGCAAGGAAGGUCAACGAGACCGUGGAGAGCGGCUCUGAUACCCUGGAUCUGGCCGAGUGCAAGCUGGUUUCUUUCCCUAUUGGCAUCUACAAGGUCCUGCGGAAUGUCACCGACCAGAUCCACCUCAUCACGCUGGCCAACAACGAACUCAAGUCCCUCACCAGCAAGUUUAUGACCACAUUCUGUCAGCUCCGAGAGCUCCGCCUGGAAGGAAACCUCCUGCACCGGCUCCCCAAUGAGGUCAGCACCCUGCAGCACCUCAAGGCCAUCGACCUCUCCCGGAACCAGUUCCGUGACUUCCCCGAGCAGCUCACCACCCUGCCGGCUCUGGAGACCAUCAACCUGGAAGACAAUGACAUCGUGGACGUCCCCGUGGAGAAGCUGGCCACCAUGUCCUCCUUGCACAGCGUCAACCUCCGCUCCAACCCACUGAACGCGGAGGUGCGCGCCAUCGCCCCGCCGCUCAUCAAGUUCCACAUGCUCGUGUCUCCCGAGGGCGCACGGGCCCCUCCACCUUAAGCCUCCCUCCUCGUGCCCACCCAGCAAGGGGCAGAGGCCAGGCCCCAUGGGAGGUGGAGCCCGGGGAGCUGGGGUGGGUGGUGGGAGGGGUGCAGCCGGCCCCGGAUAGAUAGCUUAGAGCAAUAGCGGGCCCUUCGAUGCCCAGCCGGAGGAGCUGAGGUGGGGCCGGAGCCCGGAGCUCAAGGCUUCUGUGCACACUUGGGCAGAACCCCCACCCUCUCUGAGCCCUGUUACUUGGGGAAUGUGGGCAGUGGAUGAGAGAGCCUUUGCCUCCUUCGAGCUCCUUGGAGGCUUUUUGGGCAACGGAUGCCCUUAAGUUACCUCCAAAUCAUUUGGCACCUUCUGAGCCCACAGACCACCAUCGCUGAGGGCUUUCUGUGUCCCUGUGGGUUGAGGCCUUAUUUCCGGUGUUGAGAACCAGCCUCUGCCCCGAGAGGAACAGAAGACGGCCUCCACCCCUGUAUUGUUUCCUGAGGACUGGCCCUCGUGAGGCCCUCCUCGGCCCCGUCUGCAGCCACAUGGGCCUCUGGAUUGGGAGGAGCCGGUGCCAGGAGUCAUGGGAAAGCUGUGGGAAGAUCGUGGCCCUGGGCUCUGGCCAGAGCUGAGAAUGUGUAUAUAGGAGCCCAAGGCCCACCAGGCCAGGAGCCUGGCGGAGCAAAUCAGGCCUGCCCUGGCCUUCUUCAUGAUUAAGAAAUCAGCGGCCUAGGAAGUUCAGAGGACAAACCCGGUGUGCCUGGCAUCACCCCUUGAGCCCCAGGAGAGGAGGCCUGAGGGGCAAAGACAGUUGUGCCGCCACCCAAAGCCCUGAGGACCUCGUCAUUUCUGGACUCUCCACCUGGAGUCUAGGAUAUGGCCACGCCAUAGGGCUGUCUGCCGUCCCUGUUUGCCCAGGACGGAGGGGUUUCCUGGGCCACAGGACAUCUGCGCUACCACUGGGACAGUGCCUGGCAAACAGGGACAGCUGGUUUCCUGCCAGGAGAGGGCCUGGGGCUCUUGAAACCUGAUAACGUCUGUGUAUUGGAGAAUCUCUGAUCUCUCCACCCCCCAGGUAUCUACCUCCCGUCUAGCCAUCUGCCGAACAAGCAGACUCACAGUCCAUCUGGCCUGUACCUCUGUCUUGGUCAGGAGACACCGGAGGCUGCAGGACUUGGGACAGGACAGGCCACCAAACCCGACAUCCAUGCACUGGUAGCCAGUCUUCCACUCCCAGGACUGAACCACUCCCAGCCCAGACCUGCGCUCCCCUACCCAGGGCCCCCCCACCCCUCUGGGCACAGACUGUUGACCACCACCGCUGGCCCAUUGCUGAGUGAGGACUGCCAUCCAGGCUGGCCUGGCCUCACCUGCUCUGUGUCCUGGAUCGGGCUUACUCCUUGGCAAAGAAGAGGUGCACUUUUCUGGUCCCCACAAAGGUGCGGUAUGGCCAGGGCCUUGCAGCCCAAAGUAUGGUCUUUGGACCAGUGGCACUGGCAUCCUUGGGAACUUGUUAGAAAUGCAGAAUCCCAAGCCCCACCCCCAACCUACAGAAUCAGAACCUGCAUUCAGCAAGAUCCCUAGGUAAUUCCUGUAAGCACUUUACCGUUGGAGGAGGAAAGACUUAGGGGUGACCCUGGGGCUGGGGUUCUCAGCCCUCCCCCUGCUGCUCCAGGGCUCUGAGUCUAUGCUCCUCCCCCUCCCCUAAAUUAGCUCUAGGAGACCCUGGGCCUUAGAUCUUUUCACAGUGUGUGUGACUCUCCUGGUGAAGGGACUGCCCUGAGGUCACCAGGAUAUGCCCAUCCGGGUUUCGCUGGCCCUCUGGACGCUGCCUUUCCGGUUAACUUCUGCAUCCCCAGCUCCUGCUUUAUUUAGGUCCUCACAUAGGCCUAUUGAGGCCCUUUGCAGGAGUUGCUUCUGGAAGUUCUUUCCUACUCUGCUUGGAGAGUUUGCCCCUGCCUGUCUGGGAAAGCUUGGGCAGUCAGAGAAUCCCCCCGAAUCAGAGCCCACAGUGUGAAUGAGCCCUUAGCUUCAGUCUGCAAUAAAGAACGCAUUGGUUUCAUC